AUAGCAUUUACAUUCAAUUUAUAUUUUCACUUCGAUGAUCUGAAAAUGACUUGUCGAUACAAUACUUUUCUUUUAUUAUUGCAUUUUUUGAUUCAUUCCAGUUUUCAAAGUCUCGACGACAAAUAUUUAUGCACAGAAAGAUUUUGUGAAAAAUAUGUUGAAGAAAAUGGUUGUCCAAAAGUUGAUAUUGCUUGUCGUGCUCAGAACUCAACGCAUAAUGGUCGACUCUUUGACUCUCCAACUCCAUGCAAUUGUUGCGAGUUUUGCUUAGAGAAUUUAAAAAAAGGUGAAUGGUGUACAAUUGGCACUCCAGGAUCCCCUCUUCCAAGCAAAAUUUGUGGACCAGGUCUUUAUUGCACUGCGCAUGAAGGUCAACACGCCACCUGCGAAUCAAUGCGUGAAAGUAGAUCUACUCCAUGCUUUGAAGAACAAGAUAAAUUCGACAAGGAUAAAGAAUCUGGAAAAAUCGGCAACUAUCGGCCAAGACCAAAAUGUGAUAAGGAUGGUUUCUAUGAGCCAACUCGAUGUGUCUCGGGGCAAACAUGUCACUGUUUGAACAAAGAUGGACAAAGGAUUUUCGGAGAAGCAGUUGAAACGGAAGCCAUUGAAUUCUACAUGAAAUGUGAAUGUGCUAGACUGUCAGACUCAGCUAGAGAAGUGAUCGAGCCACAAUUCCCAAUUAUGACAGCUCGAUGUGACAUGAAAGGUUCGUUUGAUGCACUGCAAUGCAUGAACGACGAAUGUUUUUGUACUGAUUCAAAUGGAGGACUUAACGGAGAUGAAAACGUUAACAUAACUAAAGGGCUAUCAGAGCUUCCAUGUUAUAACAAAACUUUGCAUCGAAAUAUGCGAUCGAUGAAAGACUAUUUACGCGCAUGUGAGGCUCAAGCAAUUGAAAAAUAUCAAGAAAAGUAUAAUCUGAUCGAAAAAGGAAUCCAUGUCAUCAAUUUCGAUGUCGAGGAAUGUCAACCUGAUGGAUGGUUCCUGCCAGUUCGGGUUGAUAAAACUAAAAAUAUGAAAUACUGUGCCGAUGAACAGGGAAAUCUCAUAGAAAAUUUCGAAGCUAUCAUUAACAAAGCAAAAGAAAUGCAGUGUAAGUGCGCACGUUCUCGAAAACUUUUGAAAGAAGCAAACGCAUUAGAGAUCCCUGAAUGCGAUAGCCUAGGGAACUAUCCACCAGCUACAUGUCGUCGUGGAAAAUGCUUUUGCCAAGACCAAGAUGGGCUCCAAACAUCACAUGAAGUGGAACUGAAUGAAAUAUGUACGCUUUCAUGUUGCAAAAGAGGCAAAUGUGGAUGUUAAAAAUAUAAAAUUUUGAAUUUAUAAUUUUUUUUUUAUUAUUAUUUCGAUAAAAAUAUUAUUUUAGUUAUAAUUAAACAAGGAAUUGAUUAGAAAAAGUCUUUUUAAAUCUAAUACGAAGACUUAACAUUACUUUUACAUUUUUUAAAUGUCAAGUGGAGUCAUUAAAUUCUUGACGAUGCAUUUAUUGAAAUUUUGUAGCGUUCUAAAAUCUCAUUU